CUGACUGUGAUAUGUAUAAGUCAAACCAGACAGACUGAACAAUCAGGUAAGUGAUACAUCAUACUUAACAUAGAAGUAUUAUAAAGUAACUAUAAAUCGAGACAUAUUUAGCAAAACAUCAUUACAGCGAGUGAGGUUUGGUAUUCAACAAAGUCAUGCAACAGUCAUUUGGGACAACUAUCUAUUUGUUCUCAAAACCUAGAUAGAAAAAAGAUAGUUUCGAAGUAAAAUAAAAAUCAGUAGGCAUAGUUACAUAAUUUUUUAACUCUAAACUCUAACUCUAAAGUACUUUUUUCAGUUAACGGUAGAUUAACCUGUGAGCAUUUGCAUAUAUGUGUCCAUAGCUUUAGUGAAUAUUGGAUGCGCCAACAUUAUUAGAUUUUUAUUAGCAGAAUGUUCAGAGUUUAAGUGGUUUUCUUUUUUAUGAUUAAAUAAUGUUUAUGGUAAUCAGUAUCUACAAUAUCCAUUAUUAUACCUUUUAAAAAACAGUGUGUUUUUUUUGUUUUUUUUUUACCACUAUCUGCCAUAACGUAUUCCCAACAUGCAAAUGGAGAAAACAAAAAAAAAAAGACAAACAACAUAAAAACAAAGGGAUUUGCCACAAUUAGCUGCUAACAAAAGGUUAUUUGAUUGAUGGACGAUUACUGGAUCAAAUUCAAAGUCUGUAUUUCAUAGAAAAUAUAUACAAAAAUCCCAACAAAAUUGCUAUGUUAUUCUUUCGAACUUGAUUAUAGUCUGGUAAAGUGAUUUGGUUUAAUAAUCGAUUUAUCAGAGAACACUCAGUAAUCAAGUCCAGAAGAAUAAUAUGUGACAAACUGGGAAAUGGAUUUUCUGUUAUUAUUCUGGAUUUAAAAAACAAACAUUUUCUCUCCGGCUAAAGGCUUUAAGAUUUAUGUAACCACUUGUUCCGGGCAUCUUCAAGCUGUGUAAUGGUUAGCAUCUGUGUUCUGCACAUUCCAUGAACAUCAUAGGGAAUACUGACAGUGAGAGAUUCCUUCACAACAAUAUUAAUCUUCAUCUGUUGACGAAGGUUAAAUGAUGCCAAAAUCAAUCUACUGAAUUAUUACAAAAUGAAAAAUUCACAUGUUGAUCUCUUCAUGAUCAAGUUCAACUUUUUGGUAACCCCACCCCCUGAAUAUUCCUCAUUUCUAUAUAAAAGAACAUAGCUAAUACGUGCAAGCACAUGGGUGACUAUAUUUGACAGCCGUAUAAUUUUCUUAACUUCAUUUUCUUAACUGGACAGAAUAGGCAGGAAUUGACCCCUUAUUUUUCAUGCAUUAGAACAAACAUGCAUUAAGAAUGAUGUAAAAAUGUCUUUAAGAAUCAUUAAAAUGCAAAAACCUAAUCACUUUCAAAAUUCCUGCCAUUGUGGAGCUAUGAGAGACAGUCUUCAUCCUUGUUUAAAAGAAAGAGACUUCACCAAUCAAGAACCUCUCAUUCUGAUCUAUGGAGUCAGAUCUUAUCCCAUAAAACCAUGUCAAUGUAGUUUUAAACCACUCUCAGCGGGACAGUAGACGUUGAUGCUUGCAGAAGUGCGUUAUGUGUUAAGAGUGUGUCCUUUUUUUUUUCAUUUUACAAAAUGUACAAAAAUAGGACCUUUAAUAAAUGAACUUUCUUUUACACCCCCUGUAAAUCAGACAACAGUCCUUUUACUUCCUGGUUUGGUUAGCUCAGUGGAGCUAAUCUCAAGAGGCAGCAAUUGCCCAGAGCACCUGCCUUGCACAGACUUCUUAUUGAGUCUGUGAUUGGAUAGCCACAAAAAGUCUGGGCGUGGUUAGAAGGGGAGGGCUUGCAAAGGCAGCAGACAAGAGAACUGCAGCUUUGGACAGUGGAGUGUCCCUUUAAUAACUGUCUUUCUUUUUAUAGAUUUAAUCUUUAGAAAUAAUCUUAGUAGAUUAACACAAUCAAUGCCUGUAAUACACUCUCGCUCACUUUUGAAUCUAACGUUAAUAGAACAAUAGCCCACACUUAGCUUGGACUUUGCCAAUAAUGUGAUAUCUUUUACUAAAUUAGCUAAAUUCUGAUUUAAAGGGUUACUCAAAGCACCAUGACCACUAUGGUGUUUUAAAGUGGUCAUGGUGCAAAGAACCUGUAUGUGCAGCAUUUCAGUGUGAGCCGAUGAGCAUACCGAGAGAGUAAAGCUAUCUGCCAGAAAUGUAAAUGCAUAUCUGACAGGUUUAAUAUCAUGCUCAGAACAAGAAUAUUCAUUUUGUGCAUAUUUAUUUGCACAGACACUCAUUCAAUGGCCGAGAGGAUUAGCUCCCUGUGUCUGUACAGCAGACUAUAGUGGUUAUGGUGCUUUGAGUAACCCUUUAAUCUUGUACCACCAAUAAACUGGACUUUUGAGCUGCAUAACCUUUAAAAAGGAACUGUCAGCUGCCAGGACUUUUAAAAUAAUGUAUCCCCUAUAUUUACCAAAUAUUUGUUUGUGAGGUGUGGAAAAUGAAAGGAACUGUAGAAUUCUAUACCUCUCUAUUCUGCAACUGAGUUUUUCCAUCUUAGCUCUCUGACAGUCUGAUGUACAUUGUGAUGUGAUUUGCUAAUAUUUUAUUAGACGUUUAUAAGAAAAGAAAAUGGAAAAAAAUAACGCAAGUUACAGGUGAAUGUCAUUGUUUUUUCGCAAAGAUGUAAAUUCAAGAAAAAUUACAGUUCCCCCAUGAUUACAAAUACUAAUUGUAAGAUGCUCUUUACCUUUCCUUUAAUCUCAAUAAAUGUGUACUUCUCUUAUUAGGUGUAUAACUGCUACUUCUACUAUGAAUUUGGAGAAAAAUUGGCUUGUUUUUUCGGUAAUAGCAGUUAUUUGCUCUGCUUCAAACUUUCUCGAUGAUGAGUGGAAACUUUGGAAAUCCAAAUAUGGUAAGCAUAGAAUACCACUAUUAUAAUAAAUAUUAGCAACAAAUAUGACCCACAAAUACAAUGCAAAGAAAAGCUAUAAUGCAAAAUCUGAAAAAAUAAUAAAAUCUUUCAUUUUGCUUUGUGUGCAUUUUAAACCCUUUAUUUCCACAGGUAUUUGAUUGAGAAUCAAUGGGAGAGGUAUGAGGUGUAAAUUAAGCAAUAACCUGAUUUUAUCAGGUUUAUUAGCUGCUGUGAGAAUUGCUGCAAAUUAGAAGUGAAUUUCAAAUCUUAUCUUGAAGAACCGUAAAAUGGCAUUCGUCUCCUUUAAUACACUGUUCACCAUUUGAUCUGCUUUCUUUUAAAUUAUUCAUUUUUGUUCAUUUGUUGAAACUUAUGCAGCUUUUACAUUUAUCCAGGAAAAAAUUAUAAUAUGCAAAUCACAGACACAUUGCCAAUUACCUAACUACACAAAAGCAAGGGAACUUCUGCCCAUCACAACUGCAGUGGACCUUUGGGUGAAAGUGCAUGAAGUAAGUUAUAGUAAAGGCGUGUUCUGUGCAACAUAUCCACUACAGCAUAUUGAAGUGGUUAUGGUGCACCAAAAGCUCCUACACCAGGGAUAGACAACCUUCUACAAUAGACGUUUUGGACUACAUCUCCCCUGAUGCUUUGCCAGUAUUGUAGCUGUAAGGGCAUUAUGAGAGAUGUAGUCCACGACAUCUUGAGUGCUGAAGGUUGCAUACCCCUGCCUGGAUCCUCUUGUGCAGCUUAGCUUAUGCAGAAGUAAAUUUCCGCACUAACCUAUUCAACGUUGGACUACAAUGACAGACUUUAAGCACUGGGCAGUUAGCACCUUCUAGAGGAAAUCAAAGGUACUACAUGCACAAAGGAACAAUCAGAAGGUAAAACAGGAGUGAAACCAGGUAGUGAAAUCAAACUGCAACAUUAUUAGAUUUGUAAUAUUGUGAAAACCUUACAACUUGUUUUCUCUUAUUUCAUAAAUAUAAAAUAUCCUACUUCUUACUGAAAUCUUUGCUGAUUUUUUUUCUGCAUUCUCUCUAUAUACUCCAUUUUAUUGGAAGGUCAAUUUGAUCUCUAUUUUUAUUAUAUAUAGGAAAGCAGUAUAAAAAUGAGGAGGAAGAACAUUUUCGUAGAAAUGUUUGGGAGGAAAAUUGGCGGACAAUCCACAAACACAAUACAUUGGCCAAUCAGGGUUUGAAGAAGUAUACUCUGAUUGCGAACCAUUUUGCUGAUAUGGUGAGUCACUAGUUAUUUUGUUAUUUUGAAGAUCGUUACGGAAAACUCCAUAUAUACAUAUCAGUUUGGUAGAAGGAGUCUGGUGAAUUCAUAUACAGGUAUGUCAUCAUCUACAAGCAUGCAUAGCUGUUUACAAACAAUUAGCCAAGGCCAUACUGAUUUAAGCCAUUUAAAGGUUUGUUACUGCAUGAACUGUCAACAUUUGGCAUUCCUGUGUAUUUGAUGUCAAAUAGAUAUAUGUAUAGAUAAAAAUGGAAUAGCUUGUAUUUUUUGUGUGUGCUUAUCUUGCUGUCUGAAGAAUGUGACGGCAGAUAAGAACCAUUCGGCCCAUCUAGUCUGCCCAAUUUUCUAAAUACUUUCAUUAGUCCCUAGUCUUAUCUUAUAGCUAGGAUUGCCUUAUGCCUAUCCCACGCAUGCUUAAACUCCUUUACUGUGUUAACCUCUACCACUUCAGCUGGAAGGCUAUUCCAUGCAUCCACUACCCUCUCAGUAAAGUAAUACUUCUUGAUAUUAUUUUUGAACCUUUGUCCCUCUAAUUUAAGACUAUGUCCUCUUGUUGUCCUCUUCUUUGGCAUUAAGCAAGAUAAUCUAGGGGUAAGAUAACAUGCGCAUAUACAUGUAAAGCCCCAGUCAGCGUAUUGAUGAUAAACUGGAUGUGACAUCACAAGUCUUUUUCCUGUGCAGGCACCGUAUAUAGAGCACCUGGGGUGUAGGGGUUCUAUGUAGUUAUUCAAUCAUGUAGUUCUAUAUUGUUCUUUAAAAUGAAACUGCUCAUAAAGAAGAAAUGAACAAUGUCUGCUGUCCACAUUUUAUGUAAUUUUAGUGAAGAAACCAAAUGUGCAGUUAAAUUACCGAGCAGUAAGUAGAAACAGGCAAUAAGCCAAGAACAGAAUGAAUGAAAACAGAGAGAACACUAUAGAGUCAUGAACACAAACAUGUAUUUGUUGCUGUAGAACAUAUGUGGAAGCAAAUGCAAACAGAACAACUCCAAUGGUGAAGUUGGUACCGAUUGAUAAAUGCGUAAAGUGGAACUCAUUAUAGUAUUUUACAUACUGUUUUUUUAUACUCCUUUAUUAUUUUUUUUGUUAGCUAUAUUAAAGUUUACAUAUUUUUACAUAUUACUUUUUUAAUUUAUCCACUGAUUCCUGGUAUCAUCAUGUCCAUAGGUGGUGAUUAUACCACCCAUGCUGGUUAUACUAGAGUAUGUCCUGCUCUAGCAAAAGUGAGUACAAGACUAUACUGAUUAAUCUGAUUUAUCAAUCGGUACCUACUUCACCAUUGGAGUUUUUCUGUUUGCAUUUGCUCCCACAUAUGUUCUGCACCUUGCACCUUAUCUGAGAUACCUGUGGUGACCACACCAACUUAGAUCCUUAGAUGGGGAUUGUUCUGUCCAUGCGCAAAACAGCAGAGCUCUGAAUUAGCUCAAAAGAAUGUGAGUGGCAGUGACACUUAAUUACCUACCACUUAUACGCUUCAUCUACUGUAUUGCACUAUUAUUUUUUUGUUGUUUCUGUUUCUUUUGAGGUCCAUUGUAUAAUACAUUGGGAGACCUGUGUAUAUAGUAAUACAAAGCUGUAUUCUGAACACUACAGUGUCCCUCUGCCCCCUCCCCCAGCAACAACAAAAGGCUUAAAAACGCGUUAAACACUUACCUGAUUCUUUUCCUGAUUACCUGAGGGGUACAUAUUACGCAAACUCUGUGAAAAUGUAGGAAGGACCUCUAGUGGCUGUCUGGUAGAGGCAGUUUUAACCCUGCAACGUAAAUAUUGAUUGUAGCAGCAAUGCCUUCCCCAGUGUAAUGGAAACCCUUUAAAACUUCAAAGAAGAAUCUAGUUAGGGGUUUGCUGAACAUAUUGUGUAUCUAUUUGUCUGUCUAUCCCUUCGUCUGUCUGUCUGUCUAUUCUCACAAUUUAAGAGUACAUUUAAAAUUAAAUUAUGCAUUGUAAUUCGGGUCCCUGUAAAAAAAAGAAUAUUAAGAAUCACAGUCUUAGAUGUUUGGAAUGGUGAGCGGCCAUUGGAUAGAGCAUAUUUUAUUUUGUGUGUUUUUACAAGUUUUGAAAUGCGUGUGUCAGCAGCAAAGUGCAACAUGAUACAACUGCAGGUGUCAAUUAUUGAAUUAAUGAUAAACAAAAAUAAAAAGUGUAUUUAAAUGUAUGACCUUUCUUUGAAUUCACAUUGGUCUGUGAUCAAUUUAUUUCAGACCUCGCAAGAACGUACACAGAAAAGCAGAAUGCCUUGUCCAAAGCUAAAUGCUCCAAAAGCAGCAGUUUUUCAAGGAAAACCUGCCAAAGGAAUGUCUGGUUAUCCAGAGAUUCCAGAGGAAGUUGACUGGAGGAAUUCUGGGUGUGUCAGUCCUGUAAAAAAUGAGGGGGACUUUUGUGAUGUAUCUUGGGCAUUUUCAGCGGUAAGCAAUGAAUAUGUCAUCAAUUUAGGAUUAAAAGAAAACAGAUAGUGAAAAAAGUGAUAUGUGCUCUCUAUCCAAUAAAGCAGCUAUUCACCAACAAGGAGUUCCUUUUACCUUGUGAACAAUAGAACAAAACAAGCUAGUAAAUUAGGUGGACAGUGCUAAGAAUUAUUAUAAUAAAAUCAUACAUACACAGGUUGCAGCAGAUUUCGCAAUUAUGUGUCUUACUCUUAAAAAAAGGAAAUAAAAAGUACAAUGAUAGUGCAGUAUGUUAUGAAUAAUAUGGUGAUAAAGAUAUAUUCCAAAGGGGCACUCACGUUUUCCAGAGCUUAAAAAGCUCUACCUUGGGAAUCUGAUACCAACAAAAGAAAUCCUUAGACGAGGAUUGUUCCGUCCAGGCUCCUAAAAUAGAGCUUUUUAAGCUCUGGAAAACGUGAGUGCCCCUUUGGAAUAUAUCUUUAUCACCAUAUUAUUCAUAACAUACUGCACUAUCGUUAUACUUUUUAUUUCCUUUUUUUAAGAGUAAGACACAUAAUUGCGAAAUCUGCAGCUACCUGUGUAUGUAUGAUUUUAUUAUAAUAAUUCUUAGCGCUGUCCACCUAAUUUACUAGCUUGUUUAGGAUUAAAAGAAGCAAUUAAAUAAAGCACUUUUUUAAAAACCUUUUUUGGGGAUUAUUGCACUCCUAAAGAAAAAUUAGAUUGGUGUUUAUUUGUUGUGUUUAUUAUCAUUUAUAUCUGUACUUUUAUAUAUGUGUUUGUCUGUAUACAUAUGUUUUUACCCACAAAUGACCAGGAAAGAACUGCUUGUAGAGGAAUCUUUUUGCACAUCUCAGUAACUUAUUAAAAGAUAGCUAAGGUUGUUUUUUUAAUCUUAUUACACACCACUAUUGCUUUAGGAAUGCAAACAUGUGUUCCUAACGGUAUAGUGUCCUACUAACUGUUUAGGUUACUCCUCCAGCAUUUUUACUCACCUUAGCCAUCGCAAUCAAUCUUGAUGAUCUCACUCUACAAACAAGGGGAAAACUGAAAAACUGGAGAACUGAGACCUAUUACAGAAAAAGAGACACUAUUUUUUCCCCUCCAUAUUUUUUGGCUAACCACUAAUCUUAUUGUUUCUAAACUACUUCAAAUGUUUGUUUUUUUUUCCCACAUAAAAACUGGUGGGGCAUUGCACAAAGUGUCCUUCUGGAUGAGCCUCCACUGCAGGAUGAAUGUUCUAUUAUUUAAAUAACGUUCGCAUGAUAAUCUUGUUCUGUUUUAUUUUUGUAGGUGGGCGUCCUUGAGAGCCGUUACUGCCUCAAAAACAAUGAGCUAUUUAGUUUUAGUGAGCAGCAACUAAUUGACUGUCUUGGUAGCUGCUGUGGAGGAGACCCUGAACUUUCCUUUGAACAUGUUGAUGAAGUAGGACUCAUGCAGAGCAAGGACUAUGAAUACACUCAGACGGUACCGGACUUAUGUUUUUAUUAGAAAAUAAAAUAACUUAAUAUUUCUAACAGCUUACCAUACAAGAGCCAUAUGAAAUGUGUUGAACACACUAAGCUUUAACAUUUUUCUAUUUCACAGGGUUUGUGGUAGUAAUUGUUUUUAUAUAUUUCAGGCCUCUCUUGUCAACAUGGAUUUAUUAUCCAUUUGACUAAAAAAUAGUAAUCGUGAUUCAUACUCAUGUUGUGUGAUGAAAGAAAAGUCUAUCUGGGUUCCUAGUGAUUGAAUUCUAAAGCAACGUGUGGGUUUCAGGAGAUAGAAGCAUUUUAUUCUCCCACCGAUAGAUUGCAGAAGCGGGAAAUGAGGUAUAAAUUAAAGGGUGGGUUAUUCAGCAAGAAGGGAGCAAUGUGUGGAUCUACACGCUGAAGCCGCUGUGAAGUAUGUUGAGAGAGAUUGGACAAGGGAAAAGUCCAAAAGCAACAACAAUAUGUAUGUGGAGGUCAUGGGGUGGUAAAUAUAUGGAAUGAGGGGAUCAGAAGAGGAUGAUAACAUUAACCAAAGGGACAGGAAGGUUUCAAGAGAAAUACAAAACUACAAGAAGAAUGCAAAAGCCACAGAAAACAAGAGAGGUACACGUUUGACUUUCAUGUAUUUAGCAGUCUGAAAUGUAGGUCAUAAAGCCUCACUGACCCUUAUAUAUACUGUAGUCAUGAUUACCAGCCUGUAGAGGAAUGAACUUCUUUGUCAGAUGCCUCUAGUCACUUAAAUAAUGCAAAUUUAAAAUAUAAAUUAAAAUGUAAGCUCACACCCUGCUUCCAAACAGUACAGGAAGUUUUAAUGGAUCAUAUCAUUGUUACAGUCAGGAAGAGUGGAGGAGUAAAGGGACUCUAGAUAAAUGAUAUUGCAUACUGUCUAGAGCUGCGGUUCCUAAACUGAUGGGCACACAGGGGCACCGUGAAAUGUUUCCCUGGUGCUAUGAUCAUAGCACCGGGAAACAUUUCUGCUGAAUAGGGGCCCGGUUGGGUGCCGAGGCCCUUUAAGACAGCAACCGGGCACCUGUAGAGUCGGCCGGCUUGGAGGAAGUGACAGUCCGUCACGUCCUCCCAGCUUCUUGCAGAGACAAAGCGCAGGAGGAAGGCGGCAGCUGCUCAGGCAGAUUCAGCAUGAGUGGAGAGGAGCACGAAAUGCUGCUCCAGACCCCACAUUCCUACCAGCCAGAAGAGGACCAGGAGUAAAAUCAAGCCACCCUCCUGGACAUAAGGUAAGCUAACAGGAGGGUGCCUGCAGAUAUAAAAAAUAUGACUUGUAUGUGUUUAUGUGUAAGUCAGAUUGUGUGUGUCAGGAUGUGCACCUGUGUGUGUGCAUCUGUUUGUCAGGGUGUGCAUCAGUGUUUGUGUCUAUAUAUGUCAGUGUAUUUAUCUGUGUGUCAGUGAGUGUAUGUGAGCCCACACAUCGAUGUGUCAGGAUGUACAUCUGUGUAUAUGCAUCUGUGUGUGUGUGUGUUUAUGUCAGUGUGUGUAACUGUGUCAUAGUGUGUGCAUGUGUCAGUGUUUGCGUGUGUCAGGGUGCGUGUAUCUGUGUCAGUGUGUGCAUUUGUGUGUGUAUGUAUAUGUUGUUGUAUGCUUGUGUUAAGGUGUGUGAGUAUAUAUGUGUGUGUGUGUGUGUGUAUGUGUCAGUGUCUAUGAAUUUGUGUGUAUGUGUCAGUUUAUAUAUAUCUGUAUGUAUGUAUGUAUGUGGUAAUGUAUGUGCAUACCUCCAAGCAGUCAAACACCAGGACAACAUUCAAACACACUCCUGCAAUCUAACACAAAUAGUACAUACAAACACACCCCUUCACUAAAACACCAAUACUUAACACAAAAUGUACAUUUUUUAUUUAUUGCUGGCAUUUAUAAAGCGCAAACAAAUUACACAGCGCCUACCCGCAUUUAAAAGAGAACAUUACAUUCAAACACACCCCUGUAUUAAAACACUAAAUUAUAUACAAUGAUAUACAUGGCUUGGGGGCCAAUGAUAUGGUCUGGGUGCAGUGCCCCUGUUUUAACCCUGCAAUGUAAAACAUUGCCAUUCUAUAUAAACCACAUUUUUUUUCAUUGUAGGGUUAAACACACCUCAUACGGCUGUGUUCCUGAAAGCCACUAAAGGUGCUUCCCCUGUGAGAACCAAGUUAGACUCAGUUUUUCAAUAAAAUAGAGAGCAUUUGACUGGAUAUGUGUGAAGUAUUGCCGCGCAAGCAUAUCUUAUGCCCGGUGCUUCUCUGAGAAGCAUUGGAUUGGCCGAGGAGGUGGGAGAUGUCAGAAGAAUUCCUGACAAAACAGAGGUGUAGUGGGCGGCUGCAGCAUAUGUGUUUUUAUAGUGGAAAUGAGAUGAGUAAACAUUACUUAAAGGAACUUUUUCAUCAUCAGAUUUUGGUGGACAGGUCAAAGCAGGAAACUUAAAAAAAAAAAAAAAAUAUUAAUUUUGGGACUGCAAGUUCUGUUUGAAACAGAGACAUUCACUGUUUUUCUGACCUUGAGCCUGUAGAGAAAGUUAAAGGUUGAUGUGUUAAUUCUCUCUCCAUUCUCAGUAAAGACUAUCACAUUACACAAUGAUAGACAGGGGCACCAUGAUACAAUGUCAUAUUCUUUUGCCUUCUAUUGUACCCCAUGAUUAAAUGGAUACUAUAGUCACCAAAACAACCUUAGCUUAAUAAUGCAGUUUUGGUAUACAGAUCGUGGCCCGUGCAGUCUCACUGCUUAAGUCUCUACCAUUUAGAAAUUAAAUCACUUUGUUUAUACAGACCUAGACUUGCCUCCCUGCAGCUUUCCUAAACACUUCCUGAAAAGGAACCCAGAUAUUCUAGGUUCCUUAAUUGCACAUUCUGCUUAAUUUAGAAUUUCCUAUCUCUUGCUCUAUUAACAGCCUGCUAAAGCCCUCAUGUGCCUCCUGUGUGUAAAGGGAAACUAUAGUGCCAGGAAUACAAACAUUUUUGUAUUCCUAACGGUGUAGUGUUUCUUAAAGCGAAUGUUGUGUUGAUACAUAUAACCAAAGAGUCUCCAUGAUUAACCAGAUAGAUGAAUGGCCUCCCCUUUUCCACCAGUCUAUGUAUAUGGGAUUAGAGAUGAGGCUCAAUUUACCUGGGACGUGACAAAUGGUCUCUAACUCUUCCUGUACCAACCUUAUUGUGGUGGAUUGGAGUGUAGUAGUAAUUGUUAAAUUGCACAGGUUUUCCCCGUGCCACUAUCCAAGAAAUCACUUUCAACAACAAAAGUUGUUCUGACACGCAAUCUCCAUUCUCUUUACUUUUUCUAAGGCGUUUACUUGUCUGUACAAUCCAGAAGAUGCAGUUAAAAUUAACAUUACCAAGUUCUACUCUCUAAACCGAAGUGGCAACAUCGCCAAGGUGCUGGCAGUGGAUGGACCAGUUGCUGUGUUCUUAAAAGUUGGUAAUGAUUUCCAUUUCUAUAAUGGAGGUAAGUAACCUGGAGACAACAUUUUCAAUUGUCCCUUUUAACACCACCCAUACUUAAACAUAAUAAUAUAACUAUUACUAUUUUAAUGCUGCCACCACCAAGACAAGUUAUAAAUGGGGUGCCUUGGUCCCCCAGGUAAAUCAAUAAUAAAAUCCACCUAAUAUUACUUAGGACAAUAUUAAGGAAUUGCAAAAAUAUUAAUUAGUCUCUUCAGUGCAUAUAAAAAUAUAUGAUAAACAAAUUAUUUACACCAACAACAGAUAAAAAUACAGAUAAAGGAUAAAAUACAGAAGUCCUAAUUACUCACUUGGGUUUUCAAAGUACAACUUCUGUCAAGGGGGUCUCUGGCAAGGAAGGAUGAUGGUGACUCACUCAAAAUUAGAUCUUGGUCCCAAGCAAGUACACUAGCACCCUUCAGGAUCAUUAGAGCUAUAACCUGUGGAUUACCACGCCUCAUCCAGAAGUGGAGUUAAGGCGUACCUACAGAAAUAAUAAUAAGUGACCACCCCCUUGUGUCCAGACCCAGAUCAAUCCAAAUGGAAACAUUUGGUUCUAUCUUCUCUUAUGUACCCACCACAGAAAUAAUAAUUGCCUCUAUGAAUUUGUUAUUAUUUUCCCAUCCUAUACAUAUGUUGCAUGCCGGCCUUGCGAUCCGAUAGGAUGGACAUCACAAUUCCUUCCCCUAUGGUCAAGUUAGGCCAAUCAUGUUUGGACUUGGUUAGAAGAUGGCGCUUGUCACAUUCUAAAUAUAACAAAAAUGAGGCUUUAUUAUUAUUCUGUGGGGGUAAAUUUGAAUGUUUCUGUCUUUCCUUUGGAUAUGAUACUGGAACAAGGCUAAUGGCAUUUACAUAUAAAAGAGAUUUGCUCAUCCCUUACAAGGUACAUGCCAAAUGGAUGAAUAGAUAUUCAGACUUUUUCCAAGUGUAGAACCUCAAACCUUGCAGAGCCUUGAUUACUUCACAUAUAGUAAAAUCGCUUUCACAUUGCUAUGCCAUUCAUACUACCCCUUCUGUCAUCUGACCUCUGUGGGGGUCCCAGCUUCAAAAGAUGUAACCUUGUUUGACCUCAACAAUACCAUCUCUGUAAUUUGUGCCAUUUACUACACAAAUUACAUUAAAGGAUAAUAUUCCAUAGUGUAAUAAUAAAUUAUGCACCCUUGCCGUGACACAUGUGUUUCACAUUUUCAGUAAUAAGGCUGCAGACUCCCGAACGAGAACAUAUUCAGUAUCAUUCAUUCUAUGUAGGCAUUGCCGUUCAUGUGUUACAACCGCACAAACAGCAAAUCCAUGUGUUUUACUUUUCUGUCUGUCAUUCGUUUCUCUGUUCAUGCAUACAUGACAGCUUGUCACAGCAUUUCCCAGGUUAAAUAGCUCACGUUUCGGGCUUAAAAAACCCUUGAAUGGGACCACUGUUUUUGACCCACUGCCGGUUACACCAGGCUACACGUUUUUCGCAUAGUUACAACCUCCUGAAUGGGCUCAGCUUGUAUUUUGUUCCAUACAGAUAAUUACGGUCGGGACAAAUAACUCACAAACAACAGUUUCUAACUACACUGCCACCUACAGGGCACUCUGCAGAUCUCAAGUGCACUUGCAUUUUUGCAACACCAUGUUCGCUGACCCCUACCGGUCAAUAAGACAUACAGCAAUUCAUACAGCAAUUCACAUAGCAAGUAGUAUAUCAACAUCUGGUAUAAGUACACAUAUUAUUACACAGUAGCAGGCACAUCUGCAUAUAUGUAACCGGUAAUAUAACCGGUAAACACAUUUUUCACAAAGUAUGCUGCUCACACAACAGACUUUUCCUCUAGCAAGGGGACAUACAACAUACAAAGUGGGAACAGACCACUUUAUCACUUGUACAUACAGCACGUAAUGGGUUAAGAUUUAUACAUAUUUAACCCUAACCAGUAUGGCUACGAUGUUUAAAUAUUUACACAUCACAGCACUUUACUUUUCGCACAUACUGCACCUAUUAAGAUAAGCCUGGUCUAUGCCAUACAUUUUUUUUCUAUUUAGGUUACAGGUACUACUAAAAAAACCUAUACGGAUUGUAAGGUUCAAUACCAUACUACCAGGUACGUACACCUGCUCACUUAGUAUAUCCAUAUCUUACCUUCCCUGGAAUAGUAAUAACGUACUGGCAAUUAGGGUUCUAGGGUCCAAUAGGUAUUACCCCCCCUUUUCUCUACAUUACGCUUCGGUUUAGUGGUCCCGCGAGGCCAACACCCCGCACACUCGGAGGCAUAAACCCCUCGGGCCACUCAUGAGCUAGCUGCCUCCAUUGUAUCAUAGAGAGGGCCUCACCUGUCACUCCCCUUUCUAUUUUCUGGUUACUGUCACCGAGAGGCCAACAUCAUGCCACUACAUUUGGUGGUCACUAGUGAUGUCGCGAACAUGAAAUUUUCGGUUCGCGAAUGGCGAACGCGAAUUUCGGCAAAUGUUCACGAACCCGCGAACUGGGUGAACCGCCAUAGACUUCAAUAGGCAGGCGAAUUUUAAAACACACAGGGACUCUUUCUGGCCACAAUAGUGAUGGAAAAGUUGUUUCAAGGGGACUAACACCUGGACUGUGGCAUGCAAACUUCAAUCCGCGGCUGCAUCUUGCAGCCGCUUAGUAGAUAACUCCCUAAUUCCCACCGUAUUAGAGAGCUAUCUACUAAAAGGCUGAAAGACCUAAAUUGGUCUUUCAGCCACAUUUACUAAUACUAAGUACAAAUUACUUAGUAUUAGUAAAUUCUGCCCCUACUCGCUAUGCAGCGAGUAGGGGCAUGUCUAGUAAGCAGUGAGCAGCCAGUGGCUGCUCACUGUAAAACCCCCCCCCCAAAAAAAACCUAUUGCCCCCACCCCUGUGCGACGGGUGGGGGCUAUAAAUUACAAUGGGGGGAGGACCUACUGUCCUCCCCCCCGGCCCCCACCCCUGGGCAGCGGGUGGGGGCCAUAAAGAUAAUAAGGGGGGACCUACUGUCCUCCCCAGCCCCCACCCCUGCGCGCGGUGGGUGGGGCCAUAAAAAUAAUGAGGGGGACCUACUGUCCUCCCCUAUUCCCUGGCUGGUGCAUUCAUCUAAAGGGAGGGGGACCCACAAUGUCCUCCCCCCAUUCCACCUGGCCCGGGUGGGGGCCCUAAAUACUAAAAGGGGGACCUAAUGUCACUCCCCAUUUCACCCCUGGCGGUGGGGCCUAAAUACUAAGGGGGGCCUAAUGUCCUCCCCAUUACCUGACUGGCCGGGUGGGGCCCUAAAAAGUCCCCAGGUGACUAGGGUCCCAAACCCUAGUCACCCCUCCUCCCCCCCAAAAAAAACCCCUACCUACCCCCCUCACCCUAAAAAUAAUGAGGGGGGGACCUUUAACUAAGUACCUGUAAAAAAAAAAAAUAAAAUUACCAUUCAAUGUUUUGUUUCUUCUAAAUCUUCUUUUUUCAGCCCCAAAAAAGGCCAAAUAAAAAACCAUAAUAACCGACGCAAUUAAAAAAAAAAAAUCCAUCUUCACCCGGCGAGGGCUCCGCGCAGACUGAGCUCUGCAGAGACUGAGCUCUCAUAACUCUGAUUGGUUACUUUCAAUCCACCAAUCAGAGCGUUGUUAUGAGUCAAAUUACACAGCGUGGGAAAAUUCCAAAGAACUUUCCCACGCUGUGUAAAAUGACACAGAGCACUCUGAUUGGUGGAUUUCAAACCAACCAAUCAGAGUGCUGUGACAGGUAAAUGUAGAGACUUACCUGUCAGUCUCUUCAUUUACCUGUCAGAGCACUCUGAUUGGAUGGCUUAAACCCAUCAAUCAGAGUGCUCUGAGCCUAAUUGCAGGGCUGGGCAAGGUCCCCCCUCCUUCUUAGUAUUUAGGGCCCCCACCCACCACUCAGGGGUGGGGGCCGGGGGGAGGACAGAAGUUCCCCCCCUAUUGUUUUUUUUAGGGCCCCCACCCACCGCUCAGGGGUGGGGGCCGGGGGGAGGACAGUAGGUCCCCCCCAUAUCAUUGAGUAAACUUUGACAACCCCCACCCCCGAGCGGCGGGUGGGGGGGUUGUCAAAGUUUACUCAAUGAUAUGGAAUAGGGGGCGGACCGAACAUCGCAUAUGUUCGCCCGCCGUGGCGAAUGCGAACAUGCGAUGUUCGCCAGGAACUAUUCGCCGGCGAACUGUUCGGGACAUCUCUAGUGGUCACAAAAAAUCCCCUCACGCCAACGCAUAGAUAGAGCCUCUCAAGUCACUUGGCAACUAGCAGGGCCUCACCAGUCACCAAUUGUUUCACCUUACGGCUUAGCUAGCAAGCCAGUACAAAACCCCUGGGUUCAAAUAAUAAUUGCAAUCUUUAUUGUUAUUUAAGUAUGUCUCAAGAAGGUGGCAAAGAAUUAUCUCUUCCUAGCACCCCGGCUAGAAUCGAUACACCUUCAUGCAGAGGAGAUGUUGCUAGUCCAGCAUCAAUCAGAUCCUGGACGAUCCCACACAUUACCAGCGAGCUAAGGAGGUGACAAAUCCCCUACCCUGACACAGCAAAGAAAGCAGAGUUAUUUAAACUCCUCCGCGCAUCAACGGACAACACAGAGGUGGAGGAAGGCCCCAGCAACACCAACUCAGGUAGCACCCAGGCCAUGCUAGCCUCUCUGAGCAAAAAAUUAACGACAUACUGGCAAUCUCGAGUCGGUCACCACAGCUCUCACAAGGCUGGGCCGCCCGCUACUGUACAACCAGCACCAACCGAAACUCGGUUACCUGGUACAAUCAAUUCUCCUGACACUCAGCACGUUAACCCUGCACAUAUGAUCCCAGCACAGUGGGAAACAAAGCAUAUAUAUGUACGACGAUGUAUCUGUGGUGAUCAGAUCCAGGGAUUUCAGGUAAAUUGGAAACUGACCAUCACUGAGUUGUUUUGGUAUUUGGAAUAUACAGAGAUGUUUAUUUGUGCAUGUACCCUAACAGAAGGGAAGCAUUCGAUCCAUAUGCACAAGCUGGUAGACCUAGGAAACAUAUGGUGGUCCAGUUUUACCACUAUCAUAGGUCACUUUCUACCAAGGUGUCUGGCGCUCUCUCCCAGUUUGGUAACAGAAUCAACUGGAGCAGACUGGAUACAGAGAUUUUCUACAGACACUUUGCAGGUCUUAAAACACCAGCUUGUGCAUCAUGCUCUCUCAAUAUCCACACAACAAAACAUUUACUUCCAACCAAACGGACGAUCACUAUCAGGCUCCAGGUACCAACACCUCUGGUAGAACGGAGCGAACUACUAGAGACAAUUGGGUUAUCCCAUUUUCUUUUUGGCAAAUCCCAGAUUUGUAACAAGUUAAUAUUGGUAUGUGUAGUUGCAGUGCAUAUAGACUGUUGCAUACAUGUUCAAAUGAUUCAGGGCACAUGACAAACCAUGUGUUCCAAUACAACUUACAAAGCCAUACUCACCAUCUGUAAACAACAAUGCAUUUUCAACACUACUGACUUGUAGUAGAGUUACUAAAGCUCUGGAGUUUCAGAGGGCGCCUAUGCAGGUAUCGUACAUAUACCUUCAGGGAAUCUAGCAUGCCCUCACUUGCAGUCAGCACAACGGAACCCAUCGACUGUAAACACACUCAUAGCCAAGAUUUACUUGGGCUUUCCCAAUCUCCACCAUUUACAGAAUGGCACACAAACCCAUUGAGAUUGUCACAGGGAAAUCUUCCCUAAACAUAGACUAACCAUAGACUUAUCGGCACCACACACCUCUGCUUCCCCAAGUCUAAACUCCCUCAUACCCUCCGAGGACUUUCCUUACAAUAUGCCACCAUUGAUCUACCUUCACAGUUACCACUCAAGCAUGGGUUGCAGCUUGGUUAAGUAAGACUGAUAUCAUCAACACAUUCAAACGGCUACCAUCCACCCUACACACUGGCACUUACAUGGCAUUAAAUGGGCAGGUAGUUACUAAUUCUUCUCCCGCUCAACUCUCGGGUCAAAGAUUAGUCCAACAAUUUUCGAUAUUCGCAGAACUCUGUGCUGGUUGUGAUAACAUAUCCAGAGCCCUCACAGUCAUACACUAUCUAUAUGACUUGUUGGUCGAAGAUAACACCCUUUUUCCCUAGAAGCUUCAAGGAAGCAUUAGUCUGGUUGACCACUUGGGCGUCCCAGUAUCCCAUUAGAAAAGAAGGCCCAGACACUAUCAUCACAUUCCUGGGCAUACAACUAGACUCGGCAUCCAUACAAGCAAGUUACCACAGGACAAAAUAGGUAACAUUCUCAACAACAUCAUCACUACCUCCUGCUUAGUACUUACAACCGCAAGGAACUACAAUCCCUACUAGGUUCCUUAAUUUUGCCAUGCUCAUCGUAUCACAAGGCCGCUUAAGAUAAAUACACUUACCUAUAUAAGGGACAACCCUUACCUGACUCCAUACCGCUCGAGGUCAGCAUCUGAAUGACCCUCCCACCACUCCAGAUUCUCAACACUUUUUUCUUUCUUUCCAUUUACUUUUCUUUUCUUACUCCUUGGUGGGCCCUCUUUAUUUACAGGCCUACCGUAUCGUCGGUCUCGGCACACCACAACCGACUUGCUCCUUUAUACUAUCCUACGCUUAUGCUGGAACCUUACUCCAUAUACGGCUAUUUGCCCCUAACACAAAUAAAUAUAUAUAUAUAUAUAUAUAUAUAUUUAAUACAAUGUUAAACAAAAAUCUGCACACCAGUCAAGCCAUAAGACUUGCUUUUCCCACAAAAAAUACUGUUUGGUUGUACCUGCAAGCCUCCAUAACAAGCCAGUAACCAACCGCAUGGUGAUGAUUUGCAUUAACAAUGAAACAGCUGUCCAUGAGUGGUUCACUGGCUUUGCAUCUUUUUCUAAGUUGUGUUUCAAAGCUGUUGUAUACAGCAAACACAGACUCAAAUUAAUCCAUGUUUAAAAUGGAAUAAGGCAAAAAUGUGAUUCUUUGUUGAACUAAUUUGUAUAUGCCCACCCAGAAUCAUUUGUGUUAGUAACAUCACUGCAAAUCUGUGAUUUCUGUGGGAAAAGCCAAGUCUUAUGGCUUGACUGGUGUGCAGAUUUUUGUUUAACAUUGUAUUAACUAUCCACAGACUUCAGGUGGAAGGAGUUUUCAAUCACAAUUUUUUCCCCACCAUCAGUGGUUUGGUUGUUGCUUCGUAUAUAUAUUUAUAAUAUAUACAUUAAAGCAUAAAAACUGAAAGAUUUACAAAUAAAAAUAAACAGUAUAAAAAGUAAUUACAUACGUAUAAUAUUCACCCUAAAGAGUCCAACUCAAUAAUGUGGAUCCUAAGGAUUACACAGGUGAUGUAAAACAAAAAUUCCAAUUAGAUUAUUAAUCCCAGUUAGAUGUGUAUGAUAUAACUGAGUAGAUAAAAGUCACAACCCCCACCGUAUAGUGAGGUGAGUUAUAAUAAGCUGGUAUCUUAAUAUCAGCCCAGCUCUGUGCAGUUCACAUUAGACCCCAGAGAUGAUGCAUCCAUCCACUGAAACAGAUAGGCAGUAAGGGGGCUUCAUAAAACACAAAUAAAUUAUAAAAAGUCAGAAGAAUGCAGACGAUGACAAGGGAGAAGAAAGAACUAGAGAAUCGUUGAGAGUGAAAAUCAGACAAUGGAGACAGUGACAGUGGGGGUACGGGGAAUAACUAGAAGGACAAGUCAGCCGAUGGUCUUUGACACCUGAGUGCAAGUUUGAUGCCCUGUAAGUGUGGGUCAAAUUACAUAUGGCAUACCAUUUGCAAAAGUAGACAACCCAAGGUAUUGAAAGUGGGGUAUGUUUAGUCUUUUUUAGUAGCCACUUAGUCACAAACACUGGCACAAGUUAGCGUUCAUUUUUGUUUUUGUGUGAAAAAAGCAAAAAACUAAUAUUUGGCCAGUGUUUGUGACUAAGUGGCUACUAAGAAAGACUGGACAUACCCCACUUGCAAUACCUUGGGUUGUCUACUUUUGCAAAUGGUAUGCCAUCAUGGGGGUAAUUCUCAUUCCUGGGCUACCAUACGCUCUCAAAAGGCAACAUUUCAAUGUCAAAAAAAUGAAAUGCAAGCCUUAUAUGUGACUCUCUAACUUUCCAAAACACCAUAAAACGUGUACAUGGGGGGUACUGUUAUUCUUGGGAGACUUCACUAAACACAAAUAUUAGUGUUUUAAAACAGUAAAACAUAUUACAACAAAAAUAUAGUCCAUAAAAGUGCCGUUCGUUUGUAAAAAAAUGAAAAAAACUUCACUUUUACUUAAAAUAUCAUCAAUGUAAUACAAUUCACCAGUUUGAAACACUAAUAUUUGAGUUCAGCUAAUAGUGUAGUGAUGCCCAGAAUGGUUCGCCGAGCGGUUCGCGAACGGUUCGCCACGGACUCAUCAUUGAGUAAACUUUGACCCUGUACCUCACAGUCAGCAGACACAUUCCAGCCAAUCAGCAGCAGACCCUCCCUACCAGACCCUCCCACCUCCUGGACAGCAUCCAUUUUGAAGCUGCAUUCUUAGUGAGCUGUCCAGAAGGUGGGAGGGUCUGGGAGGGAGGGUCUUCUGCUGAUUGGCUGGAAUGUGUCUGCUGACUGUGAGGUACAGGGUCAAAGUUUACUCAAUGAUGAGUCCGUGGCGAACUGUUCGUGGCGAACCGUUCGCGAACCGUUCGGGACAUCACUACUCCUGAGUAAAACAGUACCCCUAUGUACAGGUUUUAUGGUGUCUUGGAGAGUUGCAGGGUCAAAUAUAGUGCUUGCACUUUCUCACUGUGUUGUCAGGCAUGUCAAUCAAAUUAAUCAAAUCACAUAAUUAUGUUAAAAGAUUACUCAAAUAUACAUGUAGCAUUUUAAUAUAUAUGCAUUUAUAGGUACUUAAAUUCUACGUGUAUACUAAUGUAAUCUUUUAUGUAAUUAUAUGUAUUUAUCUAUAUAUAUAUAUAUAUAUAUAUAUAUUUGCAGUUAUUUACUCUUUGUUCUAAUUAUAGAGUCUAUUUACUUUUGCAUUUAGAGAUCUUCAGUUUGCUACAUUUAAUGUAUCUCCCCCCUUUUGGUCAUAUUUAUUUGCUACUAUUUAUGGCAAAUUUGCCACACACAUACUUAUAGCAUUUCUUCUGACCAUAUUACUAUUAUUUUUGGACUAGUCGAUUCUAUCCAAUUAGAUCCUAAUUUUAUUACUUGUUUGUUUAGUAUCUGUGUGUUUCUCCCCCAAGAGGGAUUAAUAAAGAGUUUUUCGUUUUUUGCUCUCUGCGCUCCACUUUUAUAUUUAUAAUUGCAGAGUAGCUUUUUUCACAUAAGGAUACAAGGUCUUUUUGGGAGGCAGAUUGUUUAUAAUCUGCAACCCAUUAGUCCUAUUUUCUCUUUGCACGUCUAGGGGUUAGGCCCCAUUGUAUCUCUCAACCAUCACAACCUGGCGGAUGGACUUGUUCCAUUCCUAACCAGUGAUGUGUUUCUUAUUAAUUGGAAUUACUCCUGGUACACCUGUUGUGGAUAGUCUUGUUAGCCAGGUGGAUAGUCUUGUUAGCCUCUCCCAGAAGGCAGCAUCCAUUCCUUGACUCUGGUUAUCGGUUUGCUGUCUCCAGUUCUCCAGUGUUUCUCUUGACCCCGGCUUGUUAUUUUGUUGAUUCUGACUUCUGGCAUCCUCUGACUUUUGGCUUUCCGCGACUAUUCUCCUGCUUUAUCCGUUCCUCUACCGCGACUUGGAGUUUACCCUGCACAGCCCCCGUGCACCGACUCACAGGCCAGGUGAAUUCUCACCUGACCACCUCGGCCUGUGUUUUCUUGCAAGGGUGAGCAUAUAUCCCUGCCUGCCGGACUCCCAACCCAGGUAAGUCCUGACAAAAGGAACUGACCAAUGGAGUCCGCAGAGAUGUUCUCACCCCUGUCCCAGCAAGUGUCCAGUCUGGUUCAGACCAUUUCAAGCGUACAGCAAGAAUUAGUGCUUCUUAAAGGCGCAGUACACCCAGCCCCGGAACCUGGUUAUCCUGAACCAUUCCUCAUUAUGCCAGAAAGAUUCGAUGGUAGCCGUACAUCCUUCCAGUGCUUUAAGGUGGACUGUGAAAUAUUAUUUGCCUUAAAGCCGUGUACCUAUGCCAGUGACUUUAUUAUGGUACGUGCGGCUAUCAACCUGCUGUCUGGAGGGAUCAAGUCAUGGGCACACCAAAUGAUACUGGCUAAUAGUCCUGUCCUCGACAGCUAGGGGUCAUUCAUGACAGCUAUGGACUCGCAGUGCAAGACUACUGGUACUAAGCCUGCUCCACGUCCCAGAAAACCCCAGGUUCCCAGGAAGAGCAAGACCCUGUACCGACGUCAGGCCUCCUUGUUGCCUCCUUAUGAUCCGGUCCAGAGGGAGACUCCAGAGGAAAAAGAGGAGCCAAUGGAGAUCGGCUUCAUCUGUACUAUAUUGUCAUCCAAAGAGAGCGACCGAAGGAGGGGUUGUGGGCUUUGUUUCUACUGUGGAGAAAAAGGGCACUUUAUCUCCCUCUGUCCCACUCGCCCACCUCUGCCUCAAACGGUUCAAGUAGGCACUGUCUGCUCCCAUCCUGUCAUCCUGACGACACAGUCAAGAAUCCGCCAAGGUUACUGCCAGCCCAGGCCACGUUCUGUGACACAAAAAGGUACCCAAACUACUGUAGUCAAUGUAACCUGUGUUCCUCUAGAAUCAGCUACAAUUACCCUUAAAGAAUCUCCACCUCCUGCUCCAGAAACAUCUGUACCACUUCCUGAAGACAUUACUGUUCAAGCAAGCACCAUCACCACUUCCUGCCUGGCCAAGAAAGUUCUACCACCUGACUGCACGUAUGCCUCAAAUGGCACAGUUGUAUGGAAACAGGAUUUAAAGGUGUUCGAGGAAGCAUUGAAAGCUGCGACUGCCUCUCCUAUGAGAACUGCUAGAGCAAAAGUUGCAGUUGGUGCUGUGUUUCCUUCUUUUCUGGAGGAGGGCUGUACGUAUGGUAUGGAUGACUAUGGAAAUACGUACCCGCUGCCAGAUGAUAUCUUUGAUCUCUUGGAGCAGUAAGGUACUUCCAAUCUGGAAAACAAUGAUGAACAACCUAGUCACGCCUAGAGGUCGUUCUUAAAGAGGGAGUACUGUCACAGUUAUACAGCGACAUACAGACAUGGUCGCCCUGGAAAAGCCCAACAGGGGACUUAAACCUGAGAUCUUGUGCAUUUCCAGGUCUGUGUCUCUGCCUCUGAACCACAUUCGGUUCUUGCUUUCAGUCGGUAAGUUCAUUCCUGCCCUGUCUAGUAUCCAGCACCGGGGGCUGGACAUUAAUUGGAAUUACUCCUGGUACACCUGUUGUGGAUAGUCUCGUUAGCAAGGUAUAAAACACUGCCUCUCCCAGAAGGCAGCGUCAGUUCCUUGACUCUGGUUAUCGGUUUACUGUCGCCUGUUCUCCAGUGUUUCUCUUGACCCUGGCUUGUUAUUUCGUUGAUUCUGACUUCGGGCAUCCUCUGACCUUUGGCUUUCCACGACUAUUCUCCUGCUUUAUCCGUUCCUGUACCGCGACUUGGAGUUUACCCUGCACAGCCCCCGUGCACCGACUCACAGGCCAGGUGAAUUCUCACCUGACCACCUCGGCCUGUGUUUUCUUGCAAGAGUGAGCAUAUAUCUCUGCCUCCAGGACUCCCAACCCAGGUAAGCCCUGACAGUUUCUUAUCGGGUAUGUCCAAUUAUUCGGUAUCUCCUAUGAAUGAGGAGCCUCGAUUGCAGGUUUGGUUACCUGGUCAGCCGAUCCCCAACAGCGGUAGAGGUAGUACAAGCGUAGGGAAGUCCCAGUGAGCAUCUACCAAAGUGUAGCGGUAUUGGGUUCUCCUCCAGCCCCGGGCCUGUGCGAGGGUAAGCAUUGCUAGUCCGUGGUUUUGGGUGCUCUUUGGGACCAAGCCCCUCCCAUGACUGGGAUAUGCAGAGGGUUGCAAUGGCACGCGGCGUCCACGGCGGGUGUUUCUCAGCUUGUGCAGCAGAUGCAGGGAGGAGGCAGUGCCUCGAGAUGCAUUCAGCCAGGGAUGGCGAACAGCAUGGUGAGUAUUCGGUUGUGCGGGUUGAUUGUAGGGAUCAGUCGGGGGGCGACAUGUAUGAGAGAUUUUCCUCCAGCCCCAGGUCUUUAUCAGAGCAUACAUCCUCCAUCCACGGACUUGUGUACGGACAAGUCCUGGCCCCCAGAAGAGCGAGGGGGCAUCCGCCAGAGGCGUGAGAUCUUCCCCCUGUAUGGUUGAUGUCUUUAGUGGCAUUCGGCCUAGGCAGGCAGUAGUUGGUGCGGUGAGGCAUUUGGGUGAGUGCGUUGCCCGGAGGGGUCUCUCCCAUUGCCCUCCGUGAUCUGUUCUCCGUUCUCUGGUUGGACCAGUGGAAUGUGCCUGUAACCUGUCCCAGAAGGCCUGCAAUAAUGAGUCCAGCCUGGAUUUGUGGGUGUCUAGACUGUGUGGAGUUUUCUGAUGCUUGUGGAAGGGCUUACGCCAUCUUGAGAGGUCGGAGCUCCGUGAGGUAUCUGCUGUCAGCGGUACUUUGAGGCAGCAGAGAGUGCAUUAGUCCGUUUGCCAAGUGGGGCCCGGGAUAACCCCCACCGGUCCAAGGGAGGGUGGGGGUGUAGGAGACCAGAAGAGUCGCUUGGUGAGUCCGGUGUAGGGGAGAGCGGCUGCCUCUCCCCAGCGCCAACUCUAAUAGUUGCAAGUGGUGUUCCGUGUUUCCAGUCUCAAUGGGCUACAGAGAGGUGUCACUCGCUUCAGCAGUGCACCCCUGCCGUGGGUAGUGCACCCUAGUACAUUUUUGGGCUAUGUAGCCGACAAUUUUACCCCAAAUUCUGACCGCCAGGCAGGAGCUCGUGCUGCCCAUGUCUGCAGUUCGGCGGCCAGGCUCCGCCCCCAUUUUUUAACUUGCAUGUUUUAGAUCAGGUAGUUACAGCCCAGUUCUCAUACUCAGUUUUUUUUGGUUACAGCCAAUGUCCACUCAAACCUAAGGAUUUAACCACUAUUGGAAAGUGGGUAAUGUGAGAAAAUAUAUGCUGGCAUCCUUCCUCUUAUAUUUGCAGUCCUCGCAUCCAGGAUUCUGGUUCCUCUUUUGUUUAUAGAAAAACGGCUGAGUAUUUACAGCCAAUCUUGGACUUCGCACUGCGUAAAGCAAGCUCCUAUAAAAUGUUGUGAUUAUAUAACAAUACCAUAUAAGGCUCUAUGCAAUGCUCUUACAACAGUCUAUGAAGGACAUCUUAUUUAUCAUGACCAAAAGAUGGACUGGAGUCCUUAGUGGUUGCAAGACCACUAACUGGUUGUAAUAUAUAAAUCUUGUUUUACAAAUGCUGGUUUGAGAAUUGUCCUUAAUUUGCUUUCUAUAUGUGAUAGGGUCCUGAUUAAAAAUGUUGCAGCAGGAUUUCUUGGAUGUCAGUCAUAUAUCUGUCUCAGUUCAUAGUGAUUACGGUUCCCCUUUGGCUGUGCCAGUGCUUUUUUAAAUGAUUGAUAGAAUUAGAUGUAACUAAUUUUUCUUGUGUUUCUUAUUUAAGGAAUCUAUGGUGAUAGUGAAGACGAGUGUUCUAAUUCUAUAGUACAAGCAGUGACUUUCAUAGGAUAUGGAUCUGAAUGUGGAACAGACUAUUGGCUAUUAAAAAACAGGUAAGUUAAGAAAGAGGAAAAGUUCUGAUCUACCAAACUUAUGUUUACACAUCUCAUGAAACAAGGCUCCUGGUCGUGGGAAACAUUGUAUAUGUCACUGCUCUUGGCUACUGCAGCACCUGUUAAAUAGGCUAGGUCAGGAGAACAUUUAGAUGUCGCUUUAUGGAAGGGAUGUAUAUGUGCAUGAAUUCAUAUAGCACUUUUCAUUGAACAUGAAGUGUAGUGACCUAAAAAUCAAACAGCAAACAUUAGGCUACAAAAACCCAACUAUGACUAUAGCUAAGUUGGGAGAAAUGUUUUCAAAUCAGAUAAUUGCUCAGAGCAGCUGCCUUGCAAAGAUUUCUCAUUGAGCUGCAUUGGGAAGUGUGUGAUUCGACAGCCACAUAAAGUCUGGGCGUGGUUAGAAGGGGAGGGCUUGGAAAGGCAGCAGUCAAAAAGAUCUGCAGUUUUUGCAAGCUAAUUUUAGAUAUACCCCCAAUUAAAUAAUGCAUAAUUAGAUGCAUGCGUGUUUCCAUUUGGCUUAUAUCUACUAAACAGUGAUAUUUAUUUUGUAUUUGGACAGUGGAGUGUCCCUUAGGCUGCUGUACAGAGCGCUGCAUACAAUCCUUCAGUAAAGUGCUGCUGCUAUGAAUAAUUGCAUUUACUCAUAUAUAUGUUUCUUUACAGCUGGGGCAAUGAAUGGGGGGAAAAGGGAUAUGCAAGAAUUAAUCGCGUUCCCAGUAGAUGUGCAUCUACAUUCAGUGUGGUGACAGCCGAAAUUGGGGAUUCUGAAUGAAAGGAAAAACACAAACUACAGAGCUGCGGGACAUUUCUCUCUCUCUCUCUCUCUCUCUCUCUCUCUCUCUCUCUUCAUUUUAAAAAAAAAUCUAAUUGCAAUUUUUUGGUUGAUAAUGUUAUACUUUAAUGAUAAUCCAUUAGAAUUAAAAUCAAUAUUAACAAAUAUAUAUUUUAUAUUGUAAAUUUGUGUUGAUAAUUCCAUUACCCAUAAAACAGAAUUGUUUAUUGAUCAUUUUACUCCAAAGUUGAGCAUUAAUUCCAGUUUAAAGUCAAUUUAGUUAAUUUGGUUACUUAUUACAGUGAUUCUAGGUUGUGUUUUAUUAUAUCUUAUUUUUGGAUAUAUGAAAGAGGGUAGAUGAAUUUAAAAAAAAAUAUUAAGUGCUAGAUUUAAAAAAAAAAGCAAAAAUGUCAACCUAAUACCUUGUAUAUCAAACACAUUGACUUGCUUCACUUUACCCGUAAAUGGAUGUGAGGAUAAGAAUGUGUAUUAAAGCAUAGCUAUAAUUAAAAAGAUAUUGAGAAAUUGGAGUAGUUCAGAUGUAGAACCAUGGUCGUUAUUGGGUUUUUCAGGUAAUGUUUUCAACUUAAUAAAAAGUUCAAUGUAAUAAAAAGAUCAAAAACUGCAUGCAGUCCAACAAGAACUAGAUAUAUUCAUAGAGAAGCAAUAGAUUGGAACUAGGCAUGAGUGGCCAAAUAUUACGUUCAUCAUAUUAAGUACUGCUAAUUGCAGCAUAUAAUUCCAGGACCAAGUUUUACUCAGUUCUGGAGUAGGAAUGACCUCUAGUGGCUGUUAAGAAAACAGCAGGAAAAAGACAGGACCACUGCACCCAGACCAUUUCAUUGAAAUUGGCCCUUUAAUGACUUAAGGUACUAAUAAAAGACUGGUAAAAUUACGUGUGUAAUAAAUGCCAGAUUCACAGAAAGGUUCAAUGAAAUAUCCCAAUAUAAAUGGUGUUUAUGUAAUUCUGAAAGAAACAGAAGAAAUCAAAUGUACACAAUUCAGUUAUGGGACAUACAUGUAAGGUCAGCUUAAGAAUAGAGAUGUUGCGAACCGUUCGCGAACUUUGUCGCGAACAGUUCGCCGCGGUUUGCCGCGAACAGUUCGCGGCGAACCGCGGUCAGCUGACACAUCCCGUCCAAUCUCAAGCAGACCCUCCCAGACCCUCGCACCUCCUGGAUAGCAUCCAUGUUGAAGGCAGCUUCAACAUGGUUGCUAUCCAGGAGGUGGGAGGGUCUGGGAGGGAGGGUCUGCUGGAGAUUGGCCGGGAUGUGUCAGCUGACCGCGGUUCGCCGCGAACUGCGGAGAACCGUUCGUAAAAAGUUUGCGGCGAACCGUUCGCGACAUCUCUACUUAAAAAUAACAAAAAGCAGGUCCCUAUCUGCUCUAAAAUAAAAACUUUCUGUAAAAAUAAAAGUAUUGUCAAAUUUUUAAACUUUUAUAUUUUUAUUUCUGUAAAUGUUCUUUUGUAUAGAAAAUGAUCUUAAACUGAAGCUUUUCUGUUUCUUAGAGCUUUAGCUUGUGUUUUUAAAUGUUAAAACUAAUUAAUACUGAUUUACAACUAAUUAGAUCGCCAUAGCAAAUACCGUUUGAACAAUUUUAGUCCUUCUCAAAAUGUUACAGAGCACUAUUAAUUAAAGAUCAUUUAAGCAUUUAACAAAGCUUUGGCAUUAUUAAUUCUUAUUGCAAGUGCAAUCAUCAAACAUAUGAAACUGUAGGAAAUAUAGGUUCCAGGCCAUAGAUCAUGAAGUUUGUAGGAUGUCAGAGUUUAUUCAUUGGAAAAAAAGAAAUAUCCAAGGAAGCGUAGAAAAUGUUUCGGCUCUUCUCUGAGCCUUUAUCAAGUUUUGACAAAGGCUCAGGGAGGAGUCGAAAUGUUGUCUCCACUUCCUUGUUUCAAAUAAAGACUGCCUUUUAGAAGAAAGCUCAGGUGUGCCUUAAUAUUUCAUUUUUUUUUGUUCAUUUAAUGUCUUCAGGGAUUGGCCCUCCCUUUCUGGAGAACCCUGCAGGAACUAUUGUCCCCCUUUUUAGUGUGUGC